UGUUCAUUGAAUUAGAUGCAAAUUUGAUGUGUGCGCUCCUGUGCCGGCCGUAUGAUAUUUCAAAUACUUGUGUAGGUACAAUAAUUUUGAUGCGAACAUCUGCAAGCAUUGCUGACGCUUGUCUAUCCUAUGAACAAUUGGCACCCUGUUUUAAGGAUAGUCACAUAUGUUACUAGUCUGCUUGGAUGACUUACAUAUUCUUUACAAGCUUGUAUUGAAUUUUUAUCCCCCAUACCUAACAAUAUUCAUUUGAUACAGUUUAAAGUUUCGGUAUAUUUGGUUAAUUAGAUUUUAUUUGAUAUACAUAAGGAUCCAACAUUUUCGUCAAUGGAUAAAGAAAAGACGAACACCUUUAAAACCUCCCAUCAAAUGGAUUCCUUAGAAAAAUUAGCAGUUUCUCUUCCGUCGGCGGCUUUCGGCAUAGUUCCAUGCAGUGAAAAUAGGGACUUCGAUACACGUCUCUUAAAUAAGUUUCAAUCGGGAAGGAAGGGGUUUGGUUUGGUUAAGUCGUCACGUACUCUCUCGGAACCCACUAUACCAACAUCUAAAUCAUUGAAAAGUAUGACAACAUCCAAUUUCGUUUCUCCUACGUUUGCAAGGUAUAUGCCUUACUUUUUGUCAUCUCUCAGCGGUGAUUCAAGCUCGUCGACAACAAUGUCUUCUAUCUCUGUGUCAAAUUUAAGUGAUGAAUCCAGUAGUGUGAGACUUCCAUUGUCUCCAAGUCAACUGUCCUUGCCAGAACCUCCAGAUGGAGGUUGGGGUUGGGUUGUUGUAAUCGCCACUUUUUUUGUACACAUGAUAACCGACGGGGUAAUAGUAUCGUUUGGCGUUUUUAUUGAAUCUCUCGUUGAGGAAUUCCAAGAUUCAAUGAGUGCUACUUCGUGGAUCGGGUCAUUUUCGUAUGGUAUUCCUGCACUCGCCGCCCCUUUGUCUUCGUUUCUGCUUAAUCGCUUUGGAUGUCGAGUGACGUGCAUGGUUGGUGGGCUGAUAAGCGGUCUAGGAUGUUUUGCUGGCGCCUUCACUAAUUCUAUAAUAUCGCUGGUCUUUUCGUUUGGCAUUUUAUCUGGUCUGGGUGCAAGUUUGUGCAUCACAUCAGCUCUUGUUGUUGUUUCUAUGUAUUUUGAUAACAGACGCGCUACUGCCACUGGAUUGUCCAUAGCAGGCACAGGUGUCGGUGCGCUUGUAUUUGCUCCAAUGGUAGACAUGCUACUGAAUAUUUAUACGUGGCGAGGUGCUAUGAUGAUACUGUCUGGGUUUUUCCUAAAUAUGAUAGUAUGUGGUGCUCUGAUGCGUCCUGUUGAAACUGACGUCGAAAAACGACAUAGACAACGUCUUGCUUGGUUGGAACACCUAGCUCGCGAGUCGGGCUUACCACCUUUUGAAAGUGCAGACUACUUGGAUAAGGAUGUGCUUGGUCGUAUAAAGUUGCUACGUGACCAUAUGUUAGCUCCUCGCAGAGUUACAUUGAGCUAUUUACACUCAACAAAUGAAAUCAAUAACAAGUUGAUUUCAUCUACUAGUUGUUUCAAAGUUCUGGAAAACAAGACGAAUUUAUCUAAAGAUAUUCUCCAAAUCCCCCCGAUCCACUCCAAAUCACAACCACUAAAUAAGAAAGCGCUGCAAACCCAGGAUCAGGAUGUAUGGAAAGACGGUGCAUCCACAUUUAAAUCUCGAAAUGUGUCAGGGAACAAGAAAGUGUGUAGCUUCAUGCUCCAAUGUCCGGAAGUUAGGUCCGAUGUAGUUUCGUUCUCACCUUUAUUUCCUGUUGAGGAUUUUGAUUGUGGUGUACAAGAUAAAAGCCAUGAGGCAAAUAAUAAAUGUGAAAUUUACAAUACUAACGGAAGUCUUAAAUCGUUCAAGAACUUUAUUCAUUAUAACCAUGAAGACACUGUUUGUCCUAAGAAGGAUGAAGCAUGCGUUUUAAAUAAUUUUUGUCAAGACAAUCAGACGUAUAUGCGCGGUGAUUGCUGUGAAACCAGUUCCCUCAAUUUUACACAUAAUACCUCGCAGAGUUAUAAUCAGAAAAACAUUCUUCGAGGUUCUUCAUCUAGUUUGCUUGAGUAUUAUCGCUCUACACAUCAGAGUUCAGUGAGUCUGCCGGAUCUUCAUCAUCUCAGAAGGGUGUACAAAACCGACACUUCUAGUGAAUCUGGUGUGUCAUCUCAAUGUUCGCUGAGGUACAAUUGUAGUUGUUUGGCGAAUAAAAAGUCAGGAUUAAAGUCAGUGGAUGGAGAUGAAAAAUUUCAGGAUAGGGGAAUAUAUUGUUGUAACUUCUGUACAGAAAUGUGUGCCGACAAACAUGAUAUUCUUCACCGUCUUUUUGAUCUGCGACUGUUUAGAAGACCUACAUUCGUUUUGUUUAUGGUUUCAAAUUUCUUACUCUACUUCUGGUACAAUGUUACAUAUUUUUUUAUGGGUGUGCGUGCUAUCAAUUAUGGUCUUAGUGAAACACUUGCAGCCCUUUUGUUUUCUGUUCUUGGUGGUGCUAACAUGGUUGGUGAGGUUUUAGCUGGAUUUUUGGCUGAUCGUGAUGGCGUCGAUUCUCUGACUCUAUAUUUCUUCAUGAUUCUUGCAUGUGGUGUGUCAACGUGUUUGAUGCCGUUACUUACUACAUUUAUGUCCAUGGCAGUUUAUUCUAGCGUGUUUGGUAUGGGAUUGGCCGCUAAUGAUGCUCUGUGCACUGUUCUGUUGGUAGAAUUUGUUGGACUCCAUCGCCUUACCAAUGGUCUUGGAAUCUGUUUUUUUUGUCAGGGUGUCGCCAAUAUUUUGGGACCGCCUCUUAUUGGUAUUUUCGAAGCUGUACGUGCUGUUCAAGUCGACCGCUUUCGACGUACUCACCUUAUGUAGCUCGGAUGAUAGACAUGUCCGACUAGGACUCUGGAAAAUCUCAUUGUUGUUUUAUUCUGUAUCUUAUAAGUUUGUGAUCAAGUUUCCGGUGUAGCGCUCUCAAGUUCUUCGUACCACAACAUUUGGACUUGAGUUGUCGUUGUUGACCUGAGCGCUAGAGGAAGAUUCAAUCCAAAUAUCUGGGUUUCCGCUAGCUUUUGUGUACUGUAUUACAGGUUACUCUUUGAAUAAAACCAACUAUUCACAUACUUAUAUAAAUGAAGUUGGUUAGAACUUAAUAUGACUAUAUAAUCAUCAUAGUAAAACAAAAAUGCAAAUAAAAUAAAAGGUUGAAUCAUGAGUUGCAAAUAAAUGUCUUGUUCAAAAGAAGACUACAACAUCAAACAUGAUAUUAACAAAAUACUAAGUGAUUGCACAGUAAAAUAACUGAAUACAAGUUAAUAGCAGUAACGAAUGACAUGAAUUAAGCUCAUUUAGUAAAAAAUAUAGUUAUAAACAAGUAAAGGGUUGAGAGAUCAUGUAGUCGAAAGAAGAAAGAGUUGAAAAAAGUACUGUGAUGUAACGGAACAAGAGGUAUUUUUCAAAGGCAAUAAACAUUUCUUUUUGAAAACACGUUUUAUGCGUUCAGGAGUUACGGGUUCAGCAACUUGAACAAGAUUAAAGAUUAGUUUUUUAAUAAUCACCUGGAAAAAUAAUACGGUACGUACUUGAUGCUAUGCGUCGAAUGAAUAUUUUGAAACAGCGAUCCUGAAACUCCAUAACAUUCAAGCGAGUAUAUUAAGGUAGGUCCUUUUUUUAUCUAUCAGCCUAACUUAUUUGUGAGAUACACAUAAAUGCGUACACACAGUUGGAAAUAGUAUGAAAGUCAUACUGGUCAAUCUCUGAUUAUUUUAGGGAGUAUGUAGUUUUACAGAAAACGAUCAUUUUGGGUCCAGGAUAUCUUAGUUGAAAUUGGAGCAUCAACACGUUUAAAGUCAAGGUCAACAAGUAAUGGGCUAUCUGGUGACUGGAGUUAUUUUAAGCUUUUUAUACCCCGUUUUACUGUAUUUAUUAACAAUCUUUUAUGAAUACUUCUCGUUUAUCGGGGACCUUUUAGCAUUCAUAAGUUUCUAUCCUAGUUUGUAUUGGUAAAUAUCUUUUCUUCUCUGUAAAAUAGUGUCUUAGUCAGUGUGUUUUGUAACUAACUGAACAAAAGCUACUCCGGUUCAAAUAUAAUACACUCUUUGUCAGUAAAUCAAACUUUAAACUGUUUCAUUUUGAUACUAAAAGAUUGGAUCUUGUCAUCCUUUUUGUGUCCCAUAGUAAGCUAAAUAUUCGUUUCCAGAAAGUUAAGGUUAUAUGUAGGUUGCAUGUUGAUUAUUACUUACCAUAAACUUAUCCUUUAAAUACUUCAAAUAAUACAUCGAUUUAUCAAUUACUUCCGUAAGCUCGGUCUUUCAAGCUUACCCACAAAACUAUAUCCCAGGGCCGGACUUACUGAACUUCAGUUUCUACAAUCUGACGGUAUGUGGCACUGUUAAACGGGAACUGGACGCCCCUCAUCCAUGUAAUAACAGUUGUUUCAAAUAAUAUACUGGCAGAAGUUCCAUGUCAAAACGUCGGUAAAUAAUCUCUAUAAUCUCUACCAGAGGCACUUUGGUAAACAAAAACGACUAUUAGGCUAUCAGGGUUGUUUACAUCAUUUAGUCUGACAAGAAAUUCAAAUCUAUUAAGAUAUAUGUAGCUGAUUUUUAACACACCGGCUCCAACCUUUGUGCGAUUCUGGGUACAACCUUGAUAUAAGGUGAUGUAAUCAUUGAUAAUAUAAGUCUAAUAAAGACAUUAUGUUUAUGUAUCUUUGGUAGACCGCAUAUGUAAUAAAGGUGAAACCGUCGGUGCCGUUGAUUAUUGUGAGUUACGUUAUCAAUGAGCUUCUUCCUUAAAAGUCUUUUGAGUGUAUUAGUGAUUUGCUUUUCCGGAGAAUCAAUGAAAUCUUCAUUUAUCUAAAAUUUUAAUCAUGUGAAAUUAGUUUCAUUUUACAAUCAACUGUGUUCAUUAGCAUAACUUGUAAACCUUCAUCUGACGGCUAUUACCUUAUCAUUUUUCCUGAGGUUUCUUGAUACUAUCUGAUAUUUUUAGAUAAUUCUUGAUUCCUAUUAAGUUGUCUAUAUAUUCUUCAUCGUUGAUCUGAAUAAAAAAGUAAAUUCUUUGUCGAAUACAUUUGAAUAUGUUACCUAGUAUAGCUAAGAUUAAUUAAUUUGAAAGCUAAAUUUCUCUGCAUUAAAUCUUGGGGAACUUGGUUAAUUUCAUUUGUAGAGUCUUCUGAUGAGUAUAUGAAUAGAUAAAAAAUAUGUAGCAUCCUUUAGUGUUUUUUAAAAUCAAUUCAUUAGGAACAUCAUAUUCUGGUUAUCCAGAAGUCAUUUUCAACUACGUAGUUAUUUAUUUCAACACAUAUACAUUGAUACAAAGGAGGAUCAAAUUAUGUAUGCACCACAGGAAAUUUGUAUGAGGGGUAGGAUACUACUUGGUUGCCCAAAUCGAAACAAGCGGUUUUCUUAGGGGACCACUCCCUGAGCCUUUGACAUAGAGUUUUAAUUCUCAGGACAGUGGAGCAACGUUAGAACAUCCGGUUUCAUGGUAACCGGUGACCAAGAAUAUAUUCAUAUGCCAUUUGUUCCCUCAGGAUCCUGGAACCCAUGUUUUCCUCCGGUUUGGAAUCUUAAUUUUCCAACUCCCCUAGGUGAGCCUUUCAUACCCAUUAACCCAGUGUAAGCUCCGGAUAUGCGCUUCUUAUCCUCCCGAUUUCGUAAACAACACCCCCACUGAGAGAAGAAAGUGAGUAAAAUUUCCCUGGCAGUGGCUGUAUAUGCGUUUUCAAACUUCAUAUGUAUGAAUGCAAAUUGAUAAUCAUGUAUCAUUUUAACGAUACUAACUAAACAAUUUGUGUAUUUCACUCACUGUUAAUGAAUCCAAUUCAUUACUACUAUUAUAAAGUGUAGAAUAUUCUGAAGUGUUGACUAACUAUUAUUUUAAUAAAUUGAAUGAAGUUAGUUACAUUAUUGACUGGAAUUUAGCGCAUACAUCUGUAAAUUGUAUACAUGUUUUACCG